AUGGAGAUAGGAGUGAACAAGCGUCUUUAUCUGAGGAUUUUUAGCUGAAAUAAAGCAGAAACAUCGACCAGCGAGACAACAUCGAUACCAGCCGGCUGGAGAGGAACCCAGCAGCCGACACACACCUCAGGAAUGCAGCACUCGGUAGGAUGAUCAGCAACCAAGAAGAAGAUGAGUUUGUUGCAGUGCGGGUCCAAGAUCCACGCUUGCAGAAUGAAGGCUCGUGGAAUUCAUAUGUGGAUUAUAAAAUAUUCCUACAUACGAACAGUAAAGCGUUCACAGCGAAGACGUCGUGCGUGCGGCGGCGCUACAGCGAGUUCGUCUGGCUGAAGAAGAAGCUGCAGAAGAACUCUGGUUUAGUGCCGGUCCCAGACCUUCCAGGAAAGUGCUUCUUCUCCUUCAGUAAUGAGGAUUUCCUUGAGAAGAGACGGAAAGGACUGCAGACCUUCCUGGACAGCGUGGUGAACAUGACGGUGUGCCUGUCAGACAGCCAGCUGCACCUCUUCCUGCAGACUCAGCUGCCGGUGGGUCACAUCGAGGACUGCGUGCAGGGACACACGCCGUACUCGGUGACGGACGCCAUCCUCACCUACGCCUCGUCCAACCGGGGCUUCGCUCAGGCGCAGGAGGACGACGUCAUCAAGGAGCCCAGUCUGACCGUCUCCUACGAGUCCAUGGAGAGCCCGGCUCCUCAUCUCCCCGUCCUCCAGUCUCAAGAGUCCUUCAGCCCUGAGCUGCUGACCUGUGCCGACCCCGACCCUCUGGAAGGUUUACUGGAGCUCUGCGACAAGGACACGGAGGAGUUCCAGUACAAGGACAAAUCCUCCAUCAGGGUCCUUCAGAAGAACAACCACCUGGAGGCCGUAGUGGAGGACAGCGGCCCGAGAGAGGCCACCUUUUUCCUGGGCGACGUCCCCGAGAGUCUCAGCCUCACAGACGAGCAGCAGAGGAGCUGUCAGAUCCAGGCAGCCGUGGAGGUGCACUCGCCCAUGGGGACCGGCUUUGAGGAGAAAUGUGGAGUAGACCGCUUGUUCCAGGAGUGUUCAGAGAGAGAGGAGAGCGAUUUGAGAUCACAAACAGAAGAAAAGACUGUUCAGUUGGAAAGUUCUGUGGAGGCAAAGAUGGAAAAGGUCGACUCUGAGCAGCAAAAAUGUGCAAAUUCUGCAGCAAUUUUAGAUUUAAAGGAGAGUGAAGCCGGAUCUCAGGAGGAAGUUCUGGAAGUCGUCUGCUCUGAGAUGCAAGUUGUAGAAAAUCAAGUUGGUUGUCUCAAACACGAAACAGAAGAAAAGACUGUUUCUGAUUCUGACACAGAGAGAAAGGUGGGUCCGUGUGAGAGUUCUGAAGAGGUUCAGAUAGAAAAAGUUGACUCUGAGCCAGAAAAAUGUGUGAAUUUAAAGGAGGGUGACUUUCAGGAACAGGUAACAGAAAGCGUGGAAGUUCUGGAAGUCGUCUGCUCUGAGAAGCAAGAUCUAGAAAAUCAUGUGAUCCCAGAAGUUCAUGACCUCGAGCAUGAUACAGAAGAAAGCAGUGUUCCUUCUCCAGACACGGAGGAAAAGGAGGAUCAGUCGGAAAGUUUUGGAGAGGUUAAGAAAGAAAAGAUCGACCUUGAGCCAGAAAAAAGUGUGAAUUCUGCAGAAACUUCACAUAUAAAGGAUAGUGAAAUGAAGGAACAGGUAGCAGAAAGCGACUCUAAAUCUCAGGAAGUUCUGGAAGUCGUCUGCUCGGAGAAGCCGGUUUUAGAAAAUCACGUGAUCUCUGAAGUUAAGGGUCUGGAACGUGUUGAUAGCACCGAGGCUGAAGAUGUCGGCUGUCUGGAUGAAUCUGAGAGCAAAGAAGAAAGCAGCUGCGAGGACGUCGUGCAACGGAUGGACCAAGUGGAACAGGAUCAGGAUCUGGUCAGGACCAAAGACGACAGCGACGAUGAGAGCAGCUCGUCUUCCAACGAGAGCAUCGUCAAGGUGAGCGAUGAAGAGAGCGCCUGUGAGGAGGAGGAGGAGGAGGAGGAGGAGGUGAACCAAGCUGCAAACGGCUACAUACAGACAGAGGAGGACAUCACUCACUGCUCCACUAGAAACAUUUUGGACCUUCACAUGAACGUAUGUCCCGUGGACAAAGAGGACAUGUCGGUGCAGGAGGACGACGACCUGCAUUACAUCACCAACAUCAGUGACUUGAGUAACUCUCUGGACCUUAACUCGGCCGUAACAGGUGGAGAUUUGACUGAAAAUAGUGAUAUUAGCAUUUUAGAAAUGUAAACGUACGGAGCAGGAAACCCCAAAGGAGACUCCUGAGGUGGAGGAGCUUUAGUUAAACAGCAGAAUGAGAGAAAUGGAUCCUGGAAGUUGGAGAAAAACAAACAAAUCUGUUCAUUAUACACCACUUUCACAAUGCAGACGAUCCGCUCUGUCUCACAUGUUUUAGCUCGACUUCCUUUUUAAAAAAAGAUAGUGUUCAUUUAAUUUUAAAAUCUUCAUUUACACUCAGGUACACUCCUCUUGGAUCGGUCUGUUUUGGGAACAGCAGAGGGCGCUCACGCUCACUGAAGCAUCUGAGUUGAUUUACUCUCACAUAUAUUAAUAUAUAUAAACAAACAUAAAGAGCUAAAAGGUUUUAUUGUUGUGUUAACAUUCAAUGUGAUUUCAGACAUUUUAACUUUUAAUGUGAUUGCUCUGUUAUUUUUUGGAGAAGCUAAAUAACAAAUCAGUUGGGAGACACAAUUACAUAAAUGUACACUUGAAUUUGAGGACAGAUUACUUUUUUCCAAGUCUAUAUUAACACUCACAGGUCAUAUUGCACUUUGAAAGAGUUUUUGGUUUCAGUAAUUGAUGCUAUUGUCCAUACUGACGUCAAGAGACUUUUAAAUCAUCCAAAUCUACAGUAGUUUAGUUAAAAGUAAUAAUGAGUCUUCAGUAAUCUGACAGGUUGAAAUAGGUACUAAAAGGUACUAAAUAGACUUGAUUUGCCUUUUUUUCUCCAGACAAAGCUGCAUUGGAGUGACAGUAAGAAAAAGGAGUUUAAUACAGAAAUAACCCCAAACUUUAUCCUCUUAAUACAGUCAUGGAAAAAAUUAUUAGACCAUUGUUUUCUUCAAUUUCUUGUUC